ACAACUUCCGGAAAUAAGGUUUGAACUCCAACGAACUGCUAUCAAUAUGCAUUUAAACUUUUAAAUAUAUCUAAAGCAACUCUUAAGCUCAGCAAAAUACAAAUUUUCAAGGAGGGACGAACAGUCUGCGGAAAAGAAUCCUUGACUAACCAUUUGGCCGGCGGUUCAACCUGCUAAGCAGGUUUGUUAGCUGUGCGCUCCAGGAUGAUGGAGAGACUGUCAGCGGAGAAGCGAGUCCUCUUCCUGGUCUCCUUUUUUGUAUGUCUAGUGUUGGUCGUUUAUGGAAACUAUCACUAUCAGUACAGGAACAUAGUGUACACAGACGACGAUUACGACAUGUUCAAUGAUGCUGCGAGGUUCAUGAUCAACGAGGAAAUCAUGGCCUCCCUGAACACUCUUUCCAAAGCCAACACCAAGUUCUCUCUGGACUUGUUCAAACAGCUGAGUAACGAAGACAAAAUGGCAAACGUGUUCUACUCUCCGUUCAGCAUCUCUUCCGCUCUAGCCAUGGUGAUGCUGGGAGCCAGAGGAACCACAGCCUCACAGAUGACUAAGGUUCUCUGCUUCUCAAAGGCAGGGAAGCAGCAGCAGCAACAGCAGCAGCGGCAGCAGCAGCAGGCUAAAGGAGCGCAGCAGAUGAUGCAGAUGCAGCAGAAGGGCCAGGCCAGUCUGCCAGCUCAAGUGAAGAGCCUGAAACUCCGGGAUUCCCAGGAUCAGGUCCAUGCUAGCUUUGCUGAGCUGCUGGGCCAGCUCAACAAGCCUAAGGCCAGUUACGCUCUGAGUGUAGCUAACAGGCUUUUUGGAGAGCAGACCUACCAGUUCGUCGAGGAGUUCCUGGGAAACAGCAGGAAGCACUACAAAGCAGAGCUGGAGAAGGUGAACUUCAUGCAGGGUUCUGAAGCUGCCAGGCUCAACAUCAACACCUGGGUGGAGAAACAGACACAAGGUAAAAUCAGAGACAUCCUCGCCGAGGGUUCCUUGAACAACCUGACCAGACUUGUGCUGGUCAAUGCCAUCUAUUUCAAAGGCAACUGGAACAAGAAGUUUGAUGCGCAGAAUACUCGUGACGCUGACUUCCGACUGAACAAGAAUGCUAAAAAGACAGUAAAAAUGAUGUACCGGACAUCCAAGUUUCCUCUGACCUACAUCCCUGAAAUCAACUGCCAGAUCCUUGAGAUGCCCUACAAAGACAAGGAGCUAAGCAUGCUGGUCUUCCUGCCCACUGACAUCGAGGACAGCACCACCGGCCUGGAGAAGCUGGAGAAGGCCCUGACCUACGAGAACUUUAUGGAGUGGACUCGCCCAGACAUGAUGAAAAAGGUGGAGGUCAGGGUGGGCUUCCCUCGCUUCAAGAUGGAGCAGAAGUAUGACAUGAAGAAAGUCCUGGUCAGCAUGGGCAUGGCGGACGCUUUCGACAUGUCAAAGUGUGAUUUCUCUGGCAUGUCUCCAGCCAAUGACCUGGUGCUGUCAGAAGUCUUCCACAAGGCUUUUGUGGAGGUCAACGAGGAGGGAACAGAGGCGGCUGCCGCCACCGCCGCGCUCAUGAUGCUUGGCUGUGCAAAGAAUUUUUCCACUGACGUCUUCAUCGCUGACCACCCCUUCCUCUUCUUCAUCAGACACAACAGCUCCAUGAGCAUUCUGUUUGCGGGCCGUUACUGCUCCCCUCAGUAAAGUUCCCUUGAGCAAACCACAUCUUCAUUUUCCAUCCGUCAGAGUAUGAGCCUUAGUGACGUUGAAGGAAUCCUUUAACACUCCAGUUUGGUUCUGUGCCUUUCUACAGAUCGAUGUUUUGCACUGUCUCAUUGUAAAGAUGAAUCAUUAUCCCUGCUGCUUUCUUCUACCCUAAUCUCCUUAUAUCUAGUCAAGAUUAUUGCAUUUUACACACAUCUAUAAUAAUCCUUUGCACUGUUCUGCUCAACCCAAACCACAGAAUUACAUGACAAACGCCUCUUUUAUGCAAUUCCUUGGAACCGUCAUGCAUCAUAAACUGGAUUAAAAACAUGAAUGUAUGCAAAGACUUUUGCCAGCUGCCGUGUCACUGUCAUGUACUCUUUUACACCUGAAAUUAAAGUGUGUGGUUUGCUGAAA